AUGCAACAUAUCGACCCAGCAUCCCUCGACACCCUCGAGUCCAGAAUUGCAUACGCAAAAGCCUUCGUCGGCUUCACCGCCGAAGACGCACAAGCAAUCAACGCCUCAAAAACCGUGGUAGCAACCUUAGUCCCCACCGUCGUAGAUGCCGUCUACAAAAAGCUCCUCUCCUUCGACAUCACCGCAAAGUCAUUCGUCCCCCGGCAAACAGGCUAUGAAGGCGAAGCACCAACAGCAGUGGAGGACCUCUCCCUCGAGCACCCGCAGAUCAAGUUUAGGAUGGGCUUCUUGAAGGGGUAUCUUGUGAAGCUUGUCAGCAUGGACUACGACCAGGCAUCGACUUGGGAAUACCUGGACAAAGUAGCUCUCAUGCACACCGGAGUAGCCGGAUUUGCCCACCGUGCUAAGAAACCCGGUUUGCGUGUGGAAUACAUCCACAUGGCCCUGCUACUAGCCUAUGUAAUCGACGUCCUCCUCGGCGCCGUAAUUGAGCACCCCGAUCUCGACGACAAGACCAAAUCCGCCGUCCUCCGCGCAUUCAACAAGGUCCUCUGGAUCCAGAACGACCUGUUCUCCCGCCACUACAUCCCAAGCGAAGAUUCACCUUCCAAGUCUACAAAGUGUGCCGGUCUCGGCUCUGGGGCUCGGGGCGUGCUGUUUGGUGUGGCGACGGUCGUGUUUGCGGGGGUCUUGCAGGCUCUGUAUCUGCGUGCUAGAGCCUAUUAA